GAUACUUUAAUAGCGUAAAUAAACAAGGGGAAAUCCACAGGGAAAACACAGAAAACUUCUUCUCAUCCAAGUAAUUUAACUUCUUCGCAAGAGAAAACACUUCAGAAAUAUUCAAUUUUGGACUCAUACUCGAUAUCAAUCCGUUCUUCUGGUUAAGCAAUGCCUGGAUUUUCGAUGGACGAAAUACUCGGAUUGGGUUCCCAACCUCAGCCCAAUAACUCUCGUAGCUCAGGAGAUUUCCAAACUUCCCCACUAAUUGCCUCUUCAAGAGAAAGUGGACUGAGACUGGCAUCGAACGACGCAUCCAGUGAUGCCGGAUCGGACGAAGUCCUGGACUACUAUGAAGAGGAUGAGGCCAAUUUGGGAGACGAUAACAUGGAUGACGAUGAGGAAGACGAAGACGAGGGAAUUGGCUCGGGAAGCAGUCAUUCUUUCGGACGAUUUCCUCAAGAUGGAGCCUCGAACAGCACUUUUGGCGGCUUGGGUGAGGUGGACAAGUCAUCUCUGCUGACUAAUCUGAUGGGGGACAAGAAGAAGAGGAAGCGGAGGGUUCUGUUCUCCAAGAGCCAGACAUUCCAGCUGGAGAGUCGCUUCAGACAGCAGCGAUACCUCAGUGCACCCGAGAGGGAACAGCUGGCCAAUGCAAUUAACCUCACACCCGGACAGGUCAAAAUCUGGUUCCAGAACCACCGCUACAAGUGCAAGAAAUCUAGCAAGGACAAAUGCAGCCCCACGAUGGCACACUUCGAUCCACAGGGAUACUGCCACCCAGUCACCGGCAGCCCCUACCACUCCCUCCUGAACCCCCCUCCCCACUUCUCCCUGUCAGCUGCAGCAGCCAACUCACCUGGCCAAUCGCCAAUCGGGGCAGCCGCUAACUUCAACCUCCUGAUGCACCACCAACGUCAGCAUCAACAACAACUCGCAGCAGCAGCGGCCGCCGCUUCCGGCUCGUCAUUCGGAAAACCCUCGCAACAAGCUGUGAACGAAUUUCUAAGACAGCAGUCGUUAAACGCACUCAACAGUCGAAAUCAGCAAGCUUUGAGUCUUGCGCAGACUCUAGCCGCUGGAAUGGGUCCCAAUGGACAGAAGAUCGGCAGCUCAUGGGCACAACAAAUGGGUUUGCUUCAGUCACAAAUGCAGACCCAAGGACAGGUGAUGGGAGGAGGAAAUCCUACUAUGAUGAACCCUCUUGCCUACGCCUAUCUAAUGGCAUCUGCAAACAAUAACUCGAGUCAACAAAAGCAACAACAGCAGCAAUCACAAAAUCAUUCUUCGCAGAUUGGGUCAUCGCAGCUACAUCAGGAACUGACCUCGAAUCAAAUAAAGGCACAGCUUCAAAAACUCUCUUUGCAACAGCAACUUCAAGAUCUAAUUGGACUGAGCAAAAUAUCACCGCCAAAUAAAAAGAACAAUUCAAGCAGUGCUUCCUCUGAAAGAGAAUCCGAUGACGUAAAAACUGCAGAUAAAAUGAGCAGUAAUCAAAACACACACUCGCCAAUAACACCUACCUCCACUUCUCAGAACGGAGUGAAAGAUUUCACUCGCCGAACUCUGGAGCAGGAAGAGGUCGUGUGAGCUAAAUGCUUAGAGCGAGGCAU